AUGCUAUCCACCUCCAAACCUCCACUCACCGCCACUGCCCCCGUCCCCGCACAACCGACCUACAUCCUCCGCGGCCACGCCGCGCAGAUCCACUCCGUGCACUUCUACUCCUCCAACACCCGCCUUGCCACGGCCGACGCCUCGGGCUGGGUGAUCCUCUGGUCCCUGCACACGCGCCGCGCGACCGCCGUCUGGAAGGCCCAUGAGGGAUCCGUGCUGAAGGUCGAUGGCUGGGAUGGGAAGAUAAUUACGUGCGUGCGCCGUGCCCCCUCGUCGCGAGAGAGCCCGUGCUGACUGGGGUAGACAUGGGAGGGAUAAUAAGCUCUUUGUGUGGAGGGUUGAGGAGGAGGGGAUGGAUGUGUUGUUGCCGGUCGAGGAUGAGGUGCGCUGGAGGCGGAGCCCGUGGCUGGUGGCUUCGUUGGAUGUUAAUGCGCUGAAUUUUUGCGGGUUCGGGGGGUGUGCCGGCGCUACUGCUGCUGCUGCUACGGGAGAGGGGGGAUAUUUGGUUGCGGUGCCGGCGCCGCUGAGAGCUGAGGAUGUUGGUCGAUUUCCCUGCCUGGGUGUUGGGUGUGUAUGAUGGGCUAAUGGGAUAGGUUGAUGUUAUGAGGCUUCCGGAUGGUGCAAGGGUUUAUGCGGGUGUUCGGCAUGAGGGGGUGAAAACCGGUUAGUACUCCUUAGUUUUUGUGCGCACUAUUGGAGGGAGAAGGGGAUUGAUAUGGCAGAAGUGAAAUAGGUAUGGCAAUGUCUCUAUCAAUGUUCUACUCUGGAGAACAUCUGGUGUUGGUUGCCGGGUACGAGAGCGGGCAUGCGGUAGUGUACAAGUGGGAUACAAAAGACACCUGGAAAGUGGUAUACACUCACAAACCGCAUUCACAGCCAAGUAUUCCUCCCUUCUCAAUUUCAGGUAAAAAGGUCACUAACACAACCAGUCCUAUCCCUCUCCGUAUCCCCAACGCCAGAUACGAACCCAUACUUCAUAACCUCCUCUGCCGACUCCGUCAUCGCAAAACACCCUCUGCCCAUCCUCACCACCACCCCUGCCCCCAACACCCCCGACACCCCCCCGCCCAAUGAGCCCAUCAAAGUUACAGACACAAGGCACUACGGCCAGCAAUCAAUCACUAUACGUUCCGACGGGAGGAUCUUUUCCACGGCCGGGUGGGAUUCUAGAAUUAGGGUUUAUUCUGUCAAGACUAUGAAGGAGUUGGCGGUGCUAAAGUGGCAUAGGGAGGGGUGCUACGCUGUCGCUUUUGGGGAGAUUCUGGACGGCGGUAGUGGGCAGGAGGGGGGUGAUGGUGACGGAAGGGAAGUGCUUAGCGUUGAGAAGAGGCGGGAGAAGAAGGUUAAGGAGACGCAUUGGGUUGCGGGCGGAGCGAAGGACGGAAAGGUUUCGUUGUGGGAGAUUUAUUGAGGAGGGUAUGGGUUUGGUAGGGAGCGGUGGUGUGUGGUUCACCAAAGUGGUAAUGUCUUCUGUGGCGGUAGACGACGGGGGUGUAGGAUCUUUGAAGCUGAUAGAGCAUGCGCAUGACCUUGG